CUGAUUUACGUACCUCACCAUUUUCUGUUUCCAUGAAUCUGCUAUUCUCUUCUCGAAAUCCGUUACUCCCAUCUGGUAUCAUUUGCAUCAUGCGGUUCACUAGUUCUUCAAAAUACGUCAAGCUUCCUACAGCAGAGGAAGACAAAUCUCCUCCAGCCCGAUAUGGGAGGAAUACCUCCAUCUUCAUCUUAUCGGUGUGCGCAAGUUUCAUUGCGGGUGCGUUAGGAUUCCUCGCUACGCGGCAAUUGACAUCAGUCGUGUCGCAUAACCACACUUUUCAAUUGGAUGAAAGUAUCCAUACUUUCCAUUACAACAGAAGCUUUUCAUACCCGCCUUCAAAUCGCACUAAUCGUGCAUGGAGAGAUAUAUUUCCAGCCGAAGGGGGCUUUUUCGUCCACCCGAUUGUUGCCCCUACUCGGUCAACGUUCUCAGUGUUCCAUCAACUACACUGCCUGAAUGCCAUUCGCGGAGGAUACUGGGCAAGCCACCGCGCCGCGAUACGAGGGGAAAAGCUGGUGGAUGCGGCUCUUCCCGUAGAUAUACAGGAGAGCCAUAUACGACACUGUACUGAUUUGAUACGUCAGUCAUUGAUGUGUAUGGCGGAUACUACACUGGAAGUUAUCGACGAAAAAAUCAAUGGUGUGCAUGGGUUCCGAACGGAGCAUGUUUGUAGGGACUGGAACCAACUCAAAGAGUGGGUAAGUUUGCAACAGAAAAAGACUCAUGUGGAACAGAUAGUUUAG